AUGGAAAAUCAUUUGGAUGUCAUCUCUGCAAACGAUUUUGAGAGACAAAAAGCAAUUCCAAAUGAAUCAUUUGACUUUGUGUUCGCGAAUAACUUCCAUGAAAAUGCAGAAUUCAUUGACCGAACCCUCGCAAUAGGGGGUCUUGCUGCCAUUGAAAUGACUCAAAAUCCGUCCUUUGUAUUUGAUAAGCCAUUGCACUACAAAAUUGUUUACGUAAGACGAUUUGAUUCGAACAUUAUAGCUAUGAGAAAACUAGACAAUAUGACUGAAGCAAACUCUGCAACAAGCAGACGGCUUUUGUCCACAUUAGAUGAAAAGAAAGCUGCAUUGAGGAAUCUAGAAGAUGUCCUCCUGGAACCCCCACGAGCCGCCUCAGGAAGAUCGAGAAGAUAUCUCAAUAGACCAAGAUAUCUACCAGAUUUAACAGGUGACACGCUUGAGAGCUACCCUCGACGUGUGUUUAUCGACGUCGUUUUGCCUUGGCACGAUAAAAAAGCAACAGGCACAGAAUGGUUUUUGAAGAAUUACCCAACAAGGAAUCUUCAUUUUGAGACGUACAAGAUUGAGACAAUGACGGAGGAGUUGUCGGCGGCAGCAAGGGAGGGCGUUGAAGCAACAGAGGAAGGAGGGAUGUCGAGCUGGUUGAGAAAUAAUGUGAAGGAGGAAGAGUAUGUGGUGAUGAAGGCAGAGGCAGAAGUAGUAGAGGAGAUGCUGAAAAGCAAGGCUAUUAGGUUGGUAGAUGAACUUUUCUUGGAGUGCAGGACUAAAAAUAAAGGACAAUCAAACAAAGAAAAAGGGGGAAGCAGGGCUUACUGGGAGUGUUUGGCUUUGUAUGGGAGGCUGACGGACGAGGGUGUUGCAGUCCAUCAAUGGUGGGGUUGA